AUGGGAGGAGAAAACUGUCGUAGCUGCAGAUCGUGGAUGGACGAAAUUUACUGGACCCAUUUUCAAUUCCUGCAGUUCGCUCAAUUUCUCCGUGGCAGUUACGAUCAACAACUUGCACUCCCUAAAACAUUUUCCGAUAAUUUAAAGAAACUGCCAGGAAAUGUGACCCUUAGAGGUCCUAGUGGGAUUGUGUGGAAUAUAGGAUUGAUGACUAGAGAUGAUACCUUGUACUUCACGGACGGUUGGCAACAAUUUGUGAAGGAUCACUCUCUGAAAGAGAAUGAUUUCCUUGUCUUCAAGUACAAUGGUGAAUCUUUGUUUGAUAGAAGAGAUGUAGAUAAUUCCUUGAAAGAAGUUAAUACCCCUUCUAAUGCUGGUGUUGAAUGUGCUUAUCCUAAAAAAUGUGUGCAUCUUAACAGUGACAAAGUGCCAUUAGCUGUACCCUUGGAAACUCCUCCAACUGAAAAAACUUUCAAUGCUGGAGUUGAAUCAGCUUGCCCUGAGGAAGUCAUGGCUGAUGGAUUUACCGAGCCUGCAGCUGUUCCCUCCCAACCUAACGGUAAAAGGACCAGGAAGGUAGUUUCUGCUGUUAAGCACGUCCAGAUUAAGCAGAGAGGAAAACUGCCAGAAGUAUCCAAUUCUCAUGAUACUGCACUUAACUCGGUGACUGAAUCUGAACUUGAUUCCGGGGGUAAAACUGGGACAAAUGAACUAUAUACCUCAAAUAGAAGACCUAUCACAGAAAAUGAGAAGAAAAAUGCCCUCCAGUUGGCCCAGGAAACAUGUUCCAUUGACAGUUUGUACGUAGUUAUGCGACUGACACACGUAUACAGGAGAUUCUUCAUGUCAAUCCCUAAUAAGUGGAUAAUAGAACAUCUCUCUCCAAGAUCUCAAGAUGUGAUAUUACGCAUGGGUAAUGCUGAAUGGACUGUCAGAUACAACUUUCGUAAUUUUCGUCAAAUGGGAGGACUUCUUGGUGGGUGGAAACGUUUUUCCUUGGAAAAUAACCUUGAAGAGUAUGAUGUUUGUGUGUUUACACCAGCAGGCCAAAUCAACGACACAUUUAUCUUGGAUGUGAACAUUUUCAGAGUUGUUGAGGAGAUUGUUCCUCUGACUGAGGUGAAUUCUCCAGAAAAAAGGGGUAGGAAAAAACUAAUCAAGGCCAUUUAGACAGAAAUUUGGGGGCAUUUCUGUUUUCUUAGGAAU